AUGUCGAAGAGACCUCACACGAAGGAUGAUGAUGAUGACGACACCCUCCUAGCCAAGAGACUCAAGCCGGACUAUGAUCUUGCGCGCCAUAUUCCGAGCAUUAACUCCGACAUGGAACCCGACCUCAGGAACAAAGCCACGGCCGAUGAGGAGACAAUCGAUCCCAGUAUGAGCGUGGAAGACAGAAGCAACAACGAUACCAGUGUCGAUGGCAGCAGCGAGGACAGCUGUGAUGAAACCGAUUCGGAUUCCGACUCAGAAUCGAGCAUCAGUUCUGAUGAAGAGCCGAUCAAUGCGCACGGGGAAAAUCCAAUCCUGCCCUUUGAUAGGGAGUAUAUGGACCCGAAGGAUUGCCGGGACCAGUGGGAAAUGAGCCUGCGCGAUUACCAGGAACAAGAGGAACAGGACCUGGACGAAACGGACGAGAUCGAGUUGGCUGAGUCGGAAUGGGUCAUCCGAGCUGAGAGAAAGUCGUUGCUCAAGCAGUUGAGCCUCACCACAUCUGUUCCGGGCCUGGACAAGAUGAUCACCCUGCAAUUGAACGAAGAUGGCGGAAACAAGGCCAUAUAUCAACAGCAAGAAAUUCCCGAGAACGAUUCGGAUAGCGACGAUUCGGAUAGCGACGACUUCAAGGAUUGGUCGAAGCCCGACGCGAUGGGCUGGAAGUCGGCCGCAGAUGGCUCGCGACUUAUGCCAGAGGCAAUCGAGCUCAUCCUUGACUUCUUCGAGGACCGCCAGCAUGUUACUCGUGCCGAGUGCGAGGAAUACUGCCUUAAAGCAUACCUCAAAGCGAGCGUUGGCCCAGACAAGUCCCAGAAGUGGCCGCUCAGCGUGCGCGCAUAUCCCUCCGAGUCCCAGUUCCGCAAUAGCUACAUGGUCGAGGUCAUAGAUGCCACCAUCACUGACCCCACUCUCAUGACCCAAUUCUACAUAAGCCCUGAGAGGCUGGAUGAGAGUCAACUCUCCAGGGCCAAAGAGGCGUACGGCAAUUUCAUUCCGGAGUACACCUAUGUUGGUGACAUGGGUUUGGCGGCAAACCGCUUGGAGGAGCUGUUUGUGUGGCGGAUUGUAUCCCCUGUUGGGCGCCCAUUCGCUGCCAACAGCUCUCAAAUUGGUCUGCGGGUCAAUCAGGAUAAGUACCUUGGCAUCCUGAAGCAGUUUGUUGACUUCGUCUGUCAUCCCCUUCAGCCGGCAGGCGGUGGUUGCCUCGCCGAUGAGCAGGGUUGGCCCAUGGUGCUGCACAAUCCUCUACUCGACGCGUACAACAUCAUUAUCCGACCCGACUGGUCGGGCAUUGCCUGUGUGCUGCUCUGGGGUGCUCCGCCUGCCGUGACCCUCCCCUUCGGCGCCUCCCUCAGCGGCCUCUUGUGUCUCUGUGGAAAGCCAGAAAAAGAUGACGAGACUAGUCUUGCUCAGUUACUACAUUGGGACGGCCAAUACGCAUCCCUGUUCGAAGGCUACAGCCGCGAGGCGCGAGAAAUACAGCGCUUUUGUCUGUACUACCUGCGGGAAAAGGAGCGGGCCCUCGCGAACGACCCGAAGCCCUGGCACCGUCUGUUUGAUGCCCUGGCCGAGGGUAUCUCGAGCAGGACCGACAUGGACGAGCCCUACUAUAAGUGCUAUAGAACGGAGCUCGAGGAGCUGAAAUGGGACUGGUGGCAUUUUGAGAUGGACCCUGGUGUCCCCGUUCAGAGCGCCAUCACCUUCCCUGAAACGGAAAGCGGGCAUGGUGGAGAGAAUGAUGACGUUGAUAUGGAUAUGAACACAGACUGA